AUGGUUCGCAUUCUCAAGCCUUUCAGUGCCGUCAUCGCGACUAUGCUUUCUCUCGGUCUUGCUACCGCCGACACCGCCACCGUGUCGGUCCUUGGUGAUGCCACCUAUACGAUCCCGUCGUCUCGCGGAAAAGUCUGCAAGGGUACCGGUGCGUACCCGAGUGGAACGGCUUGUCCUCUGAAGGGUGACGAAGCCAGCGGCGGCUGCAGGGAAGGAGUUGCAUCGUACAAGCACGGCAAGUGCGUUGCCCCCAAGGUUGCUCAGUGUGUCCUUGUCUCGGACGAUACGUGGGGCUGUGCCUACCCGGAAAAGGAGACCGAGGCUCCGAGUGCGAGCACAGAUCCGAGGGUCUACCCCAGCGGAGGAUACCACAAGAAAGAUUCCAAGCACGGCGACUACCCCAAGGGAGACAAUAGGCAUGGAAACUACCCGAAGGGAGACUACAACCGCGGCAACUACCCGAAGGGCGACUACAAGCACGGUGACUACCCCAACGGAGACUACAACCGUGGCGACUACCUCAAGGGAGACAAUAAGUAUGGAAACUACCCCAGGGGUGACUACAAGCACGGUGACUACCCGAAGGGCGACUACAACCGCGGCGACUACCUCAAGGGAGACAAUAAGCAUGGAAACUACCCGAAGGGAGACUACAACCGCGGCAACUACCCGAAGGGCGACUACAAGCACGGUGACUACCCGAAGGGAGACUACAACCGCGGCAACUACCCGAAGGGCGACUACAAGCACGAUUACAAGCACGGCGACUACCCCGUAUGGUAG